UCAUUUCGCAAGAAAAAACAAAAAACCAAAAAGUACCUCAAAUAACUGCGACACAUUAGCGUGAGAAUUCUAAACUAUGGAUAACUUGAUGGAAAAACAAUCGAUUACAAAGGAAAUGGAUAUUGAUUCGGCACCAAGCCCGCCAGGAGUCACUGGUUUAAUAAAACCCAGUGAAAUUCCUAUAAUGGAAAUAAUGCUGGAACAAAACGCGUCAGAUACUGAUUCAUCACCAAGCCCACCUAGCCAACCAAGCCAACCUAUCUUACCAGGAGUCAGUGGCGCCAGUGGAGGUGAUGUUCAAACACGUUUAAUAAAACCCAGUGAAAUUCCUCUAAUGGAAAUCAUGCUGGAACAAAACGCGUCAGAUACUGAUUCAUCACCAAGCCCACCUAGCCAACCAAGCCAACCUAUCUUACCAGGAGUCAGUGGUAUAGGCGAGAGUAGAGGUGUCAAUGGAGGUGGUGUUCCUGUAGUGGAAAUAACGUUGACACAAGAUAUGUCAGAUAGUGAUUCAUCACCAAGCCCACCUAGCCAACCAAGCCAACCAGGAUGCAGUGGCGCCAGUGGAGUUGGCUAUGGAGGUGAUGUUGCUCUAGUGGAAAUAAUGCUGGCAGAAGAUACGCCAGAUAGUGAUUCAUCACCAUGCCCACCAUCAGUCAGUGGUUUAGGCGCCAGCAGAGUUCGCGGUGCAGGUGAUGUUCAAACACGUUUAAGAAAACCCUGUGAAAUUCCUCUAGUGGAAAUAAUGCUGGCGCAAGAUACGCCCGAAAAAACAGCACCAGGUCCAAAAAAACCGGGUCUAUUCAAGGUCUUGGCGUCCAAAUUGAAGCGUAGAGAAAAAACUGUAAUUUAUUCGCCCAUACAACAAAUGGACAUGGACUUGGAUUUGGAGAUGGGCCCUCGAUCAUCUAACAGCAAUCGUCCUGACUACGAUAGUGAGGAUAGCGAGGAUUAUUACAGUGACCAUGGUCCUGCAGACAAAAGUCAAGAUUUUACGGCCAGCAGCAGCAGUUUAGAAGACUUAUUUGUACCCCACAACAGGCGUAAGGCCAGAGGUAUGUUAGCACGCAGGGGUAGAAUACGAAAAAUAUUCGAUAGCUGCAAAAAGAAUCUAGUCUACUCACCGCAAAAAUUACGACGUAUUCGUAUAAUUCUAUGUGUGGUGGGUGGCAUAGUUCUCUUGGCACUCUUGGCCACAGCACUUUACUUUAUCGUAAACAGUUCAGAAAUUGAUAGCCCCGCAGAUAAUAAUGGAGCCCCCUCGAAUGGCAUACACUUGGAGGAUAUACUUCAAGGUAAAUUGAUAUCGCGUCAUUUUAACGGCAGCUGGUCAACCGACAAUAAUAUCAUCUACAAGGAGAAUAAUAUUUUUCAAAAUUUCCAGGCCAUUAUGGAGUUUAAUGUGGUGACGAAACAGAAAACACGGCUGAUGUUGGACACUUCACAAGAAUACACAUCAUUUGAAAAAUCAGCCGAUGGCAUUUAUCUCCUGUUGGCCAAAAACUAUAAAAAGAAUUUCCGUUAUAGUUUUUAUGCCGAAUACGAUAUCUAUAAUAUAGAGAGCGGCCAAAUAAAACCCUUGGAAAUACAAAAAGAUGCCAAACCCUUGCUAUUAGUGCAAUGGGCCCCCGUUGGCAAUGCCCUGGUAAUCAGUUACGAGCACAAUUUAUAUUAUAAACCAACGCCGUUUGCUGAUGAAAUCGCCCUAACCGACGACACAAAUGAGGCAAUUUUGAAUGGUGUACCCGAUUGGGUUUACGAGGAGGAAGUGUUCGCUUCCAACUCGGCCGUUUGGUUUAGUCCGGAUGGCAAGAAAUUGGCAUUUAUACAGUUCGAUGAUACACCCACGCAUGUGAUAAACUUCCCUAUCUAUGGUGAAGCCGGUGAUCUACGUUUCCAAUAUCCCUAUAAUCGCUUAGUGGCCUAUCCCAAAGCCGGUUCGCCAAAUCCACGUGUAAAAUUGUUUACCUCGGAUUUGGAUAGGGCAGCUGCGGGUAAUACGGAUCAUUUGACAAACAUCCCAGUACCAAGUGCCCUAAAUACCGAAAGUGACUAUAUAAUAUCGGUUGUGGGUUGGUUGAAUAAUACGAAUGUUUUGUCGAUCUGGAUGAAUCGCAUACAAAAUCAGGCACAUAUGCAGGUCUUUAACGGUUUGAGAAGGCAAAAUAUUUAUAGCUUAGAGUCGAAAACGGGAUGGAUAGACUUUUUUGCUGCACCUUUUAAAAAUCGCGAUGGUACCAAAAUUGCAUUCAUCAUGCCACAAGAGCAGGAAAGCGGUGGAGCAUAUCGACAUCUUUGUGUACUAUCAACAGUGACAAAUAGUGCUAAAUAUGAACCCCUCACCACAGGAAAACACAUAGUUAGCGCAAUUUUACACUGGGAUUCUACACAUGAUUUGAUAUUCUACAGCGCCAAUUUGGAAGAGAAACCGGAACAGUCGCAUAUUUAUGCCAUUAAAGCAGCCACCGGACAAACACCAAAAUGUAUAACCUGCAAUCUAAUUAAAUCGAAUGGAAGGGUACAAACUUAUUAUACAGCAGAAUUUAACAACAAAAAUCAUGUGUUAAUUAAUGCUGUAGGACCAAGCAUUCCCCAGAUCGUAAUUUAUGAAUGGUCUUAUGCAAACAAUCAAAUUACGUUAAAUAAACUAAUUACCUGGGAAGACAAUGAGUUGUUAAGGGCUACAAUAAGUAAAUACGCACUCCCUACUUAUGAAAUUCACACCCUGCCAAUAGCUGAUGGUUUCACAGCUAAAGUUUUACUGCAACUGCCGCCCAACAUGGAUCGUAGUGGUAAGACAAAAUAUCCAAUGUUGGUUGACGUCUAUGGGGGACCGGAUUCUUAUUCGGUAAUCGAUAGAUGGUUAGUCGACUGGGGAACAUAUCUUACCUCGAAUCAAUCCGUGAUAUACGCCAAAAUUGAUGGGCGCGGUUCAGGCUUAAGAGGUGAAAAGCUAUUGCAUUCGGUUUAUUUAAAACUGGGUACACUAGAGAUUGCCGAUCAAAUUGAUGUGACUAGGCAAUUGCAAAAGAAAUUCAAUUUUAUUGAUGCUAAUCACACUGGCAUUUGGGGUUGGAGUUAUGGCGGUUAUGCGGCAGCCAUGGCCUUGGCUAAUGAUAAUGAACAUGUAUUCCAUUGUGCCGCUUCUAUAGCACCUGUCACCGAUUGGGCUUAUUAUGAUUCCAUUUAUACUGAACGUUAUAUGGGCUUACCAAGCAUAAAUGAAUUGGGCUAUUCCGCCUCUCGCCUAAGCACCAAGGCAACACAAUUGAGGGGGAAAAAAUUCCUGUUGAUCCAUGGCACUUUAGAUGACAAUGUACAUUACCAACAGGCAAUGAUACUGGCCAAGAACUUGGAGAGGCACGAUAUAUUAUUCAAACAAAUUAGCUAUCCCGAUGAGGAUCAUGCUUUAGGCGGUGUAAGACCCCAUUUAUAUCAUUCUCUCGAUAGAUUCUUUGGCGAAUGUUUCGCGAAUAACCGUAUGACCCAUGGCAAAUGGAAAAACUAACGGAAGGCUGAAACACAAACAUCUAAUCUAGCUAAACAACACAUGCCAUCCUAACAUCAUGAUCAAUUACAAAAACUAAUUGAUCGAUCAGAAAAACCCCUCAAAAAAUUCACCCCUUCCCCUAAAAUACAAAGAAAAAAAAAUCAACAAAUUUAAUUUUUAAAAAACAACCCCCCUACCCCAAAAAAAAAAAAUAAAAUCAACAAACUAAUUUUAAAAAACGUAAAAAAUAAUAAAUUAUAUAGAUUAAAAAUUAAAACAUUGUACUUAUACAUACAAUAUGAUCAAAUUAGUUGGUUGAUUUUGCUUUUUUUUUGGGAGAGGCCUUAAGUUAAGAAAGCAUAUAUCGUUAACCUAAUUAUGGUUAACCUAAAAAAAACCAAAAGCUAAACCUUAAGCUAAGACUACAACGAUACUUUGGAAAUUUGUUUAAACUAGUUUUUGCUUUUGUAUAUUUCUUUUUAUAUAAAUAGCAAAGAAUGCUUGGUUUUUUAAACUUUAAUUAGAAACAAAAAUUUUCUAGGUUUUUUGCAAAAAAAAAAACCCUAAGAAAAUUGUUUGUUUUAGCAUUAGCUGGUUUUUAUUGUUUAGCCAAGUUUUAAAUGUAAACAAAUUUUUUUAAGUAAAUAAGGUUUGGUUUUUACCAAAAAAAAAAAAAAUAAGUUUGAAAGCAUAACAUAACAUAAACAAAAUUAAAUUAAAUCUAACUUUAAAAAGUUAAAAUACAAAGCAAAUUUAAAGCAACAAAAAAAAUAAUAGAUUUUUUUAUUAGGCUAAGAUUUAAUGAAUUUUAUUUAAAGAUUAAAUUUGUCCUUUACCAGUCAUUUAUGAUUUAAAGGUUUUAAGUUUUAUAUGUUUAUGAAGUUGUGUUAAUAACCGUUCAAACAAAAAAGAACUUUUAAAAUCCCUAAGCCUAAACCUUUAUAGAAAUACCUCAAGCUAAAGGUGGUUGCAAAGUUUUAAAAUAAAAACUUUUAAAAAAUUAUAUGAAAUAUUAGAAUAUGUGCAAACCCAAAAAAGCAUUACUUAGUUAACUUUUGCAAAAGUUAUCUCAGUAAUGCAAAAUUCAAUUUAAAACUAGAUACGUAACUGUCUAAAACCUAAUUCUGUUGUCAAAAACCUAACUCUUGCAACAACAAACUAGAAGCUAGUCAAUAUAUUUUGUUGUUGUAUCAGACAUAUGAUUUGUUGUAUUUUAGUUUUACAAUACCGAGUGUCUUGUCUCUAUGUUAUAAUCUUCUCCUUUAAAAAAGAAAAAAAUACUUCAAUUUCAAAGCUGUUUUUUUUUAAAACAAAAUAUUUUUUUGAAUUUUAAAACAAAUAAUUAAUUAAACAGUGCAAUACGAAAAAAAAUAACACCCGUGUCUACCAGUUUUGCCCCAAAGUCAUGAACUUUUUUUUAUGGUGUCAAUUUUGCAAAAAAAUAGUCAUCAUUUUCUCAGGCUCAUAUCUUGCAAACAGUUUGAAAUUUUGAUUUACUCUCUGAGGCAAAGUUAUAGACCUUGUCAUAAAGAACAAAAGUUGUGAACAUAUCAAAUCAAAAAAACUUCAUCUUCAAUAUCAAAAUCGCAAAAAAAAACCUUAAAAAAUUCAAAAUACAUUAAGAAAUAUUUUUUUUUAAAGCUGCCUAAAAGUAUGCUUUGGUUUAUUAAUUCCUUAGGUUUUUCUUACUAACUUAUAUUGACCUAACUAAACGGUGUUAAGAAUCAUUCCAAGUUAGUUCAUAUGUUCUAGAAAGUUGUUUAUUAAGAUCUUAGCUACAUUUUUGUAGUUGAUGGUGUCCUUGAAUUUUGAACGGUUUGCUACUUAUGGUCCUAAACAGGGGAAAAAAAUUUAAUUUUUAAAGUUUUUUGCGAUUUUGAUCCUGUAGAUGAAGUUUUUUUGAUUUUAUAUGUUCACAAUUUUUGUUCUUUAUGACAAGGGCUACAACUUUGCCUCAAAGAUUAAAGCAAAAUUCCAAACUGUUUGCAAGAUAUGAGCCUGAGAAAAUUAUAACUUUUUUGCAAAAAUUACCCCAAGGCCCCUAAUCUUUGGGGGCAAACAUGUUAAAAUUGUUAUAUUUUAGGGUAUUUACUUAAUUUUCAUAUUAAUUUAUUGGAAUUUGGUUUGAAUACAAAUUGAAUCACCCCUAUCUCGAAUCAAUAUUUCACAUGAAAUAUUUUCCCUUUUUUCGUUCAUCAACUUUGUUCACGUGAAAAAAUUCCCCUUGUUGUGAAAUUUUUAGAUGGAAUUUUGUAUUUGUUAUUGCCGAUAGGGGUGAAUUAAUCACCCCUAUCGGGAACCAAUAUUUCACAUGAAAUAUGUUCCCUUUUCACAUUUUUUGUUCAUGCGAAAAAAUUCCCCAACAUGGGAAAUAUUUAGAUGGAAUUUUGUAAACAAUAAUCAGCUGUUACGAACAAAAUCAACUAUUGUGAAUGAUAAGUUCAUGGGAAUAUCACGAUAGCAAUUUUCCCUUCGAGGGAAAUGGAUAUUUCAUGGGAACAAAAUUUCACAUGUUAUUGCCGAUAGGGGUGAAUUAAUAAUUAGUUUUAUAAUUGGAAAAUAUUUUUUUAAAAAAAAGAGCCUUAAAUUUAGUAUAUUUCCUUUUUACAGGACAAAGGUUAAGCUUGCAUUACUGAGGCAACUUUUGCAACAGUUAACUAAAUGAUGCUUUGGAUUUGCUAAAAAUGCAUUAACAAAAUACAUUUGCCAGCAAUAACGCUGGCAAAAAUUAAAAUUUUCCUUAAGAAAAUCAAUAAAAUUUCGAAUAAUUUUUUAAAAGUUUUUACUUUAAAACUUUGCAACCACCUUUAGCUUAAGGUAUUUCUAUAAAGUUUUAGGCUUAGGGAUUUUAAAAGUUCUUUUUUGUUUGAACGGUUAUUAACACAACUUCAUAAACAUAUAAAACGUAAAACCUUUAAAUCAUAACUGACUGGUAAAGGACAAAUUUAAUCUUUAAAUAAAAUACAUUAAAUCUUACAUUCAAACACACAUACAAAAAUAUCACUCAAAAUAAUCUUAUAUUUUUACUAAAACCUUUUGGAUUUUUAAAAACUGAGUUAGACAUUUCAGCCUAAAAAAAAAUUAAGGAAAAUGUACAGAAAGAAAAGCUUAUUUGAAACAAAAACAAUAAAAUUUGAACCUUUGUUUUGAGGUUUAUUUAAAAUAUGUACAUUCAAACAUACAUUAUAAAUAAUUAUGCUAAAUUUAAUAAAAUAAUAAUAUAAUUUAGCGGCUUCAAAUCAUCUUGAAGGCUUUUAUGGUUAGGCUGAAACAAAUUGUAAUGAGUAUUUGCUUAUUCAAAGAUCUUUUUAGGAAAAACGGACAACAAAAAUUACUCCAAUUCUCAAAUUUAAAA